UUUAAAUUUUCUUAUUGAUCAUUGAAUGUUUUCCAUAUAUUCUAAAGAGAAAAACACACUUCAUUGUCCGUGCUCUAGUCCGUUUUAAAAUUUUAAUUCAGCUCUCAAUUUGCCCUUGAGUACAGCGCAAUUAUGAUGAUAUUAGCCAAACGUCAGCAUAGAAUUAUGGAAGCCAUUUUGUUUUAUAAGAUCUUCAACACUGAGACUAUGAAAUAUAUUCAUCUUUGGUUGGCAUUUGGAAGGAAGUUGGAGGCAGGAGAGUCAAUAUUUUCAACUUAUUGAAGGGCGCAGAGCGGAGUUUCGACUCGCUCAAGACACGAACAGUGCCCAUCACUGACUGAUCAGCCAUCAGACAACAAAAACAUCAAGAACUGAAGAUUGCAAGGUGGCAACAUAUUCCUAAUGAGAAGGUUGCAAGAUUCAGUUGAGCUAUAGCCAGCCUGGAUGACAAGAAAAUGAAAGGCUCGUCAUUCUCAAGGAGGUGAUGAACAUUCGGGCUAGCCAUAGACUUUGAUGUUUGAGUGAAGGAACAUUUCUUGACUGUCUGGGAGAACACAUCACAACAGUUAACAUGGACAUGUCCAAAUCCAGUCGUCGGAAGCAGACAAAACCAAUACGGGUAUAUGAGGGUGAGGAGGCGGUAGGCUCAGAUCAGACUCCGCCCACUCAAGGAGCGCCAGAGAACUUCACAAAUGGAAGUUCACAAGUGAAGGAAAAUGGUCCAGAACAGACUGAAGACAUGCCUGUUGACCUUCAUGUGGCAAUAAUAACAUGUACUAAAUGCCCUGAAACUUUUCCUUCAAAGGAGCAUUUCAUGAACCAUCUGAAUGUUGUUCAUGCAUCUGCUAAGGAGCCCAAGAUUGAUACUGAGUCAAUGAUGUACAACUAUCCUACAGCAUAUCAUCGUCUUGGCAGUGAACUCCAGCUGGAGAACAAGAUCAUUGCCAAUGGGCAUGCUGAAGGUGAAAGUGAAAACAUACCUCCAGAAACUCAAAAUAUUCCUGAAGUCAAAGCAGAUGCUGAACAAAAGGACUUAAAUGGUGAUCACAUGGGUGUGGUCAAAGAUGGUAACAGAAUUUUUCAUCCUGAUGCUUAUUGUGAAUUGUGUGAUAGAGAGUUUUGCAACAAGUAUUUCUUAAAGACCCACAAAGCCAACAAACAUGGUAUUUAUGAAAAUGCUCCAUCACCAUUUUCAAUGACUCCAGGGCAAACAAAUAUGAUCUUGCCACCACAAGAGCCUGUCCUACCCUCACCCUACAAACAUGAGCCUGCCCCAACACCUUCACAACCAUUACCUCCAAAGAAAGAAGCUGUGGCUGCAGUUCCUAAAUCCUUCAAGCUUGAUGCCACAGCAGUCAAGGUGGAUACAACAAGCCUCACCUCCUCCAAGCCAGCAGCAAGUGAGAUCAAGCCAGUCACCAGUGGCUCCUCAACUCAGCCAGAUAUGGAGGACUAUUGUGAAAUUUGUCAAAAGCAUUUUUGCAACAAAUACUACCUCAAGAAACAUAAGCAAGAUGUACAUGGUAUUGUGCCUGAAAACUCACCCUCUUCAUCUGGUAAACGUAGUCGUGCUGCUUUUGAUAUUCCCAUUACGGCUACUGUCACCUCAUCCCCAAUGAUCUUACCUCAGACUAUGGCCAACAUGGCAGGUCUACCAAAUAUGCCUAACAUGCCUGGUGUGAUGGUCCUCAACCCCUUUAUGCCGCCCGUCGCUAUCAUCCCUGCCCAAUCCUUGCUUCCCCAGCAACAAGUGCAUCCCCAACCCCAUUCUGUCGUCUCCCAGCCACUGCCUGUGUCUCUUCCUGCCCUUCCUCACUCGGACCAAGUGCCAGUAUCACUGCAGUCUUCAAUGUCAUAUUCACCAAUGUCCUCAGCAGUGUCCCUUACAGCUACCUUGGGAAAACCAACUCCUUCCAUACCUAAUGAUGCGCUCAGGAGUAUUGGGGUUCUGAAUGCUGAGGCUUACUGUGAACAGUGUCGAAAAGAGUUCUGCAACAAGUACUUUUUGAAAAUCCACAUGGCUAACAAACAUGGAGUUUUCAGUGAUGACAUGAUUCCACCGCCAUAUGGAAAGUCGAUGGAUGCCCUUGAGAACUCAAUGCUAUCUCCAGUGAAGAUACCAAAAGAAGUGAAGCAAGAGCCAGGAUCUCAGAUAAGCCCACCAGGUACAGCAGGCGGGGACUCCUAUGUUACUUUCUGUAACCUGUGUAACAAGGAGUUUUCCAGUAAAUAUUCAUACAAAAUUCACCGGAUGAAUGUUCAUGGAAUGUUGAACGAAUGCCUGCAAGAACCAUCACUUGCUGAUGGACCUGAGAUUCCCAUGUCAAAAAUCGAUAGCAUAGCCAUGAGUAGUUCAGAAGGUCUGCUAAAGGUGGCUGCCGAAGCACAAGCACAAGCACAAGCACAAGCCCAGCAAGCUUCUGCUGGAGCAAAAGAUAACAGUGCCACUACAAUAUUUGGCAACAUGAUAGCUGCAAAGUUGGCAGACAGGGUUGUGUGUGAUAUCUGCAACAAGGAGUUGUGCAAUAAGUACUUCCUAAAGGCCCACAAGCUUAGAAUCCAUGGUGUUGACUUAUCUCCUCAGGAAAAGGCUGCAGAAGCAGAGAGGGAAAAUCCUUAUGAUAGCCCUUAUUCUAAAUCAGGUUUAAGUAGUACACCCAAAUCAGAAGCUAAAGACCUCUCUGCAAUUACAGCUGAGAUGAUCACAGCAGAUAUCCUGCAAAGGUCUCAAGUCCGCAGCAAUGCCAGUAAGAAACUUGAUCUUAGCAACAUAGCUCCAAACUUGCCAUCAGAGAAACCAUCAAAUGAGGAACUUGUUAAACUUGGCAUUGAUCCUGAAGCUUACUGUGAAAUUUGUAAAAAGGAGUUCUGUAGCAAGUACUUCCUUAGAACACAUAGACUGAACAUUCAUGGCAUUCGUACUGAAAAAUCUGACCCUGACACAAGGGAAAAGGAGAGGUCUAAACAAUCAAAGAGUUCUCUUUUCAACCAAAUGAAUGGAUUUGGCCUAGGAGGUCUAGGUGUCCUGGGGGGCCUCGGAGGCCUUGGAGGCCUUGGAGGAUUUAUGGGGGGAAUGCAUGGUGGCCCCAAUGGUAUCUUCAGCUUUGCAGGAAAUGGAGGCCUUCUUGGUCCACAAGUGCCCAUUGGCACAGGAUCUCUUGGAGGACCAGGAAGCUUGUCCCCAAUGAUGCCAGAACUUGCUCGUCAUGAUCAGCAAAAUAGCAUGAGAAGUCAUAAUGGUGGAGUAAGUGGUGGGACUGGUGGUAGUAGUGCUGGGAGUGCAAGCAGUUCAAGCAGUGGUAGCGGCGGCAAGAGUAAAGAUGGAUUUCAGAAACACACCUGGCGCUGGAAGGAACCUGUCAAUUCUUCCAGAGUAGCAUGUGAAAUCUGUAACAAAGAACUCUGCAAUAAGUAUUUUCUGCGAACACACAAGCUUAACAAACAUGGGAUAAUACCAAGUGACAAGUCUCCUAGCAUGGGCAGCUCACCGGCCCCAUCGGAUUGUGAGACUGCCAGCAAUGCAUCCAGCCAGCCAGAUCAGGCCAUCUCGGACAGGGGGAAUCAGACUCCAGUUUCACAAAAUAGUAAGAUUGACAGUAUUUCUCCUCAUCCAUCACCAACUUUGGACAAGAGCUUUGAGAAGUCAGCAAAUCAACUUAAGGCUGAUCUCCUCAGAUUGAAGAAUGAAGAAGAGUUGAAUAAUCGCUACAUAAACAACCAGUACAGUGAAGUGUGCAAUCUCUGUGAUCGUCGUUUCAAAAGUUCCAGAUGGCUAAAGGCACAUAUCCUCAAAGAUCAUGCUGGUUGGCCGAUGAUGGAUAUGUUUGACCCGAAGACUUCUGGCCGCACUGGACUGCUGGAGACACCAGAUCCCAAGGCUUGUACAGUUUGUGGGUUGGUCUUUCCCAGUGAACUUUCGAUGCAGUUGCACCUUAUUCAAGAGCACAAUGCCCAGGUCACUCUGAAGACUGAGGAAUCACAACAAAAUGGCAAUGGGGAAUCUGGAACCCCUCCCUCAGAAUUCGGAUAUGGCCUUGGUUUCAGGAAACGGGUAUUCAGGGCAGAUAAGCAGAAGCUCUAUGCUUGUGUCCUGUGUGACUAUAAGACAAAGUGGUUGUCAAAUCUCACCUCUCAUGAGAUGAAGAUACACAACCUCAGUAAGAACAGCAAGUUGUGUCCUAAGUCAUUCCCAAGUGAACUUCUGCUUUCUCGGCAUGUUGAGCCCCAGCUUGACGAGCCUCUUGAUAUUUCUCGCUCAGGGAGUAAUAAGAAAAUACAAGAGAAGAGAUAUAAGUGCAGCAUCUGUGGCGACAAGUUUGAAUCACGCAUAGUAUGUAAUAGGCAUUUGAGAGAAGUUCACAUACGCAGAAAGAAAAACUUUGCCUCAAGAAACAUGCUUCACAGAUCCAGAUAUUCUUGCAGUCAGUGUUCGUAUUCCACUCGUUAUCCUCAGCAGCUCCAGCGCCAUCGAUCACGCUUUCAUGCAAGUCGCAGCACAGGAGGCCCUCUGCAGGAAUGGAAGGGGAACCUGGAGGAGGUCCAUGCAGAACCUAUCACCAAGAGUUACACUGCCUCUGCCCAAGUCCAAUGUUUUGAACUGGCUGUGAACACUCCAGAUAGCACCUUCCUCCCAUCACUCGCGCACAUGCCAGUUCGACAGCGUGUGUCAGAGCCAAUGGCUGUAACGUUUAUUCUUACGCCUGUCAACCCCUGACUGUUACCAUGCAUGUAGCCUUGAACUAUUGAGUGAAACUAUAUUGUUGAGUAAUCCUCAGGUACAUUGUGUGAUGUCUAGCUCCACACAUGCUGUGCGUGCAAUUAAUUUGUUUGUUUUUUUGGUUAUAUUUUUAUCAUUUCUCAUGGCCAUUGACUUCCAAACCAACCAAGAUACCAACAUGCAUGUGUGUGUGUUUGUGUGUGUGUGUAUAUAUCUAUAUCCAUAAAGUAUAUAUAUGAGUAUAUUUUCAGUUCUUUGAAAAGCAGGCAAAUAUUGGCAAAACCAUAAUUGAUGAGUAAGACAGUGCUCUCUCUCUUCCAACCAUAAUACAUUUCUCUCUGACAUAUGUAGUUUAUAUAUAUAUUUAAAACCUCAGAGAAUCUGCAUGUAGUGUAUAUUGUUAACACCUCUGUAUAACUAGUCAUAAGCUGGCAUUUACAAGUGUAAAUACCAUAUUUAUUCUAUAGGACUUUCACUGCAAAAGAGUGACACCAAGCUAUCAAUGCUUUACGCCAAGUCGCCUGCACAAUGGCCGACUUUUGCCCCACCAGUAGUGUUCAACAUUGCGGGCAACCAUAUAGUACUAUCUGUGAUUGAAAUGUGUUUUUGAUAAUGGAAUUUAAUCUUGAAGCAUUUAAGUGUUGUUUUGUGGAAACGUAGACAUACUUUGCGCGUGAAGGUGUUGCACAAGGGUGACAGUGGCAUCUAGCUGCGGUCUGCUGCAACACCUCAGGAACUAUUUUGUACAUAUUGUUGAAGUUGAUAUUUAUAAUAAUCCAUGGCAGUGAAUGUAUCCCUUGUGCAACAAUGUUUCCCCCGCUUACUGUAGUGUUGUGAAUAUAUAUAUAUAUAUAUAUAUAUAUUUAUGUGUUAAACGUCUCUUAUUUAUAUUGACCACCAAAUGAAUGAAACUUGAUGAAUAUGAUACAAUGAUGCUUAUGCUUUUGUGAGGAUCAAGAUAUGAGAUGUCUUGCAAUUGAUCCCAAUGAAAAAUAAAUGCACACACAUCAAAUGUUUAUAUGAAACAGAACAUUUACUCUGUAAUCGGCAAAGUGGAAAUUCAGAAAUUCUGUUCUUGUUUGAAACUGACGUUCCAGAUAAGCUUAGUUGAGUAGGUAGAACUCGGCAACUUUUGUCAGUGUUACCUGAUACAACAUUCCAAAGGCUAACAUUUGUCACUGAUGAUGAGGUGUAUUUUGAUGUGUGUGUAUUGUGAAGGAAGAGAGAGAAUACUGUUUCUACUAAGUUGUUUUAGCUUCUGGCAGCACAGAUGUGUUCUCUAGUAUCUCAGUAUUACUUGCCAAAGCCAUUUCAAGUUUUAUCCAUAGUCCAGCACACCUGCCCAAACAUUUAUAUUGGAACAUGGAUAAAAAGACAACUGCUUUGCUAGAUUUGCAUACAGUUUGGCAUUGCUUUGCUUGUGCGCAAAACAGAAUUCAGUGGUAACAAUGUCAAUUUGUGGUAUGUCAAAACCAUUUGCCAUUGUAUAGGAAAAAAGCUUAGAGACUGAAAAUAGCUGAUAUUGUCAGUGUUGAAAAUAUAUGACGUUAUUUAUGUUACGAAGUCUUGGACAAACGUGUUUCCAUGGUUUAUAGGGAUCCUGAUUCAGUAGCUGAUAGUAUAACAUGUUACAGAAAAGAUGUGUGUGCCAGUUAAUCCAUUUGUACAUGGAUGUAUUUGAAAGUCCUACCAUAUAAGCAUUUUAUGUUGUGGUGAUGCACAGCUAACGUUGGGCAAGACAUGAGCAAUAACUCAGAUUCUUUUACACAAGUGUUGUAAAUUAUAGAUAGUUCCAGAGAAGUCAGAUGUUUUUGAAAUAUUGUCAAUUUUUUAUUUAGUUAAGCUAACCCUUCUAUCAUCUACCUCGAGCAAGCCUUACUGUUUAUAAGAAUACUUGUAUACAGUUGAAUGAACAAAUCUAUUCGCCAUGUUGUUUAGGACCUGUAGAGUUUUAAUAGUGUGUUUAAUAUGUCUUUGUAAUGUUAACAAGCAAUCUAUUUUGACCAAGUCAACUUUAGAAUUCUUAACCAAAAAAAACAAACAAUGUUCAUGAAUACAUGAACAUUGAAUUAUUUUUUAACCCUUCUAAUCCCCAUAUUUCCUUGUUGUCAUGGGAACACUACCAAGAUUUAAGAUUAAUAUAAAAAUGUUCAAUAUCAGAAGAUUGCAUUGCUGUUCUUUUUACUGAGCUGUAAAUGUUAUUUUCAUUUGAUGUUCAUCCCUUGAAUGAAACUUGUUGAAGGCCACUGUGUUGGCCUGGGUUUGUUGUGUAUUUUAUUUCACAGCUUCUCCAGAUGUGUUUUUGGGUUUUGUGUGAUUCUCUAUAUAUGGCAUAUUGUGAUCUAAAUUAUGCGUGAGUUUGACGUGUGAGUGUGACAUUUGGAAUGUUGGAUUCUUUUAUUUUUUCAUUUAUUAAAUUUUAUGACAUUCUAUUUCGCGUGGGAUCACAGUAGUCCAGUCAGUACGGAUUUUCCCGCCUUCAGACAAACCUAUUUAUUAUUCCAUUUAAUUUUCCAUACAAGUAUUCCUCUACCCACAACUCCCCUGUCCACUCUCAUUUCAACUGUCAUUUGGCGUGCCCAUUAACUAUUUUUGAUAAGCACGUUUGUCUGCCUCCCAUAUCGCCAAAGUAAUCACAGGAAUCGCCUGCACUCGGAAAGUUUCCCUAAAUCGUUGAUUAUACUGCAUACCCACAUGUUGAUAUGUGUGUUGGACAGUUAGCUUAAUGCAUUGUGUUGUGUGAAUUCAAAUGGGGAGAUUUUUUUUGUUCACACCCCAAAGUUGAUCCUAUCCAUGUAGCACAAAACUUCUUUGGUACACAUUCUCUCUGAUAACUCUAGUCCUAUGUAUUUGUGCAGCUAUUUAUUUUUGACUACAGUCACUUGAUCAGUCUCUUGUGUUUAGGGAUGGGUUUUGAUUCCAGAAUAGAAAAUAAUGGAGUAAGCGUGUGCAUGAAAAUGUUGUUUGAAUAAGUAUCAUGAUAGAAAGCUACUCCUAAGAUCAUAUUGUUCAUGUUGAUCUCUCCAUGAAAAGACAAGAAACUACCACUUUGAUAUAUUUCAUGCCUUUGUUGUGAAGGAUGCUUGACUUUGUAAACUUUAUUGUCCUCCGCUUGUAUGUUUAUGUUUGAUGGGAAAGUCAAGAGACUGAUAUGGACUUUAAAUCUUCAAUAAUGUCUCUUUAAAUCCUGAAAAAGAACAGUGUAUCUCUUUGACGGUCAAAGCUUAUUUCCUAUGAGACGUCAAAUCAAAUUGAUUUUUUUCGUAUUUGAACCUAGAGGAUCAAAUAUCCAUUACGAAAGAAGUCAUUCCAAGGGAAUGCCCCAAAGAGAUGAUAUAUUUGUCAGCUGGGGGUAUUUUGGAAAAUCAAAACAGAUUAAGAAGAAAAAUGAUGCUUUCUAGGUGGAUCAAGUUGUCUCUCAUUAAGAGUUCCAGGAAAAUUUGACGUAAUUUUGAUAUGCAUUCCAACAUUUUGUCCCUCAUCAAAAGAUUUCUCACUUGCGUCAUUGUACGUAGAAAAUUGCUUUAUUCUGAAGAAAAGGGAAAGAAUGUGUUGUUAAUGUAAUUGAAUAGUAAUGAAGACUUAAGCUACCAGAUGGGCAUUUUUAUGGGAGUCUUGAAAUAAUCUUUAAAUUGAGUGCUGUUUGUGUUUCUAAGACAUUUUCUCUGGGGGAGGAAGAUACACAUUAUUGAUUUAUUAAAAGAAGGAAAUUGUGCAAUAUGUAUUUCUUCGAAAAAUGUCACAACCUGACUCGUAUAAAUGAAUAACUUUUGUAAUUCUAAAACUUAAUAGAAACUUUGGUUGUUUUUCAUGGGAAUAGCAGUAUUGCAGGUAGAUUAUACUUGUAGUUAAUGAGAAAGAAUCUAAAGACAUUAAAUAACUUGUUAUCAGUAUAGAGUUUAGCAAAGAUAAAUUGUGUUCGAGAUGAAUAUGAAAGUAGAUUGUGUCCUUGGUGUGUCCAGCAUCUCCAGCUAGUGAUAUCUCUAAAUACUGUAUUCCAAUGUUACUGUUGAUUAUUUGUACCAGAGAAGUUUGUGAAGGAGAAUGUCCUAUGUGCAGCCAUACUGCAUUGUAGGUGUCUUGUCCUGUCUUCAUGUCCUGUACAAAAAUAUGGGAUUUGAAAUUGACUGUUUUAUUCAUUAAUUGAGUACAGAUAUACUUUCAGAAAAAGAGAUGAUCUUGUUUUUGAAAGUUUUAUUGGAAAAUCUUGUCUAGUCUUUCCUGGCAUGUGUUUGCCAGUCGACCAAAGCAUCCCAAUUAACAGUGAAAUACCUCAUACUGUCGUAUAUCGUGUCAACUUACACGUACCAUUAUAUGUUUGCUGUAAGUGUACAUUUAAAGACUGCCUUUGUUAAAGUUGUUUGUCAACCUGUACAUACCCAAGGUAUUAGCUUUUACUUUCAGAUGACUUAUUAGUGCAUAAUAUUAAAUAGAUAAAUGGAAUAUGCUAGCAACAUAGCAUUGUUCACCUUCAUGCAGCCCUCAAAUGUCAGCUUGGUAGGCCAAGGUCCAAGCUCACCACCUUACCCUGUUUUAUUCAAUGCACGGCCAGUUAUUUGGUUUGUUUGUUUGUUUGUUUUGUUACAAUUUAUGUACCUAUCCCCCUUUGUUCUCUCAUCUCAGGUCCUCAGUACUUUUCAAACUCCACCCUAGUUUGAGUUGAGCUGUUAUUUAUAAUACUCCCAGAAUUCUUUGUCCACUUCAUAAGGACAUGUUUUGCCAUCUUACUUCUCAACAAAAUAAUAAAACCUAACUUCUUAUUCCAUUUCUUUGGCUUUUGUUUCUAGAUGUUACCUGUGUGUUGCCUUGAUGUAUGGUCCUUGUCACUCUCCCUCCUUAGUUUAGCCAGUCCCAAGUGACUUUCCUAUUCUGUGAUGUUUGUCUGCCGACCUAACCAACCCAAGAAUACCUCAUUUUUGUUAAAUAAUCACAUAAUUACACCUGCACAGUUUGAGGGCUGCAUGGCACAUGUUAUUACUGUGUAUCUUUGUCUACAUUUAGUCUACUGUGGAACACAGUGCGAAAAUCAGGGAUUUCUUUAUUUAUUAUUUCAAUGCACUUGUUCCCAAUAUUGUCAGAACUAUUCUAUUUUUGGUCAUUGUUCAAGCGGGUCUGUCACAAUCUGUCCAACUGGGUUAGUGUGUGUGUGUUUGUAGCUACUUCAGACAGGAUACAGAGGUCUUGCCACAAGUAGUAGUCCUAGUGCAGAGUAUUGGUCAUAGGUGUCACACUUGUAGUAACACAUAGGAUACAUAUGCAUAUGGACUUGUGUCUCAAUGAGUAUUUGUUGUGUUUAACAAAAUAUUUUAAUAUUGAGUAACAUUUUUAAGUACUAUAUUGUAUUCUAAUGUUUUGGAUGUAAAGGGAACUGCCUGUUCUACCAAUGAAAUUAAAUUGGAAUUUAUUAUGUAUACAGAUUUUUCAUAUUGCUACUGAAUCUUGCACAUAAUACUAUUUGACAUAAUAACAUUUAGAAUUGUUGACAAACUGCUCCAGGUGUUAACAGCUUUGACUCUGCAAUAAUAUUGAAGGCAAUAACCAGCUGUAACACAGGGCCAGAAUGUGGCCCUCAUCCCCUGGAGCAUAUCCCUAGCAAUACAUAGAUCAAACUUUGAUGAAGCAAGUAUGGAAUAUAUCUUCUUAAGCAAUAAUUGUGUGAUAAAGUUUCAGGUAGCUAAAGGCAAGACAUAAAAAAAAUGUUUGAACUUGUACAUAAGCCAAGGUCACAAUAUGAAAUGUUUCAGUGAAACAAAUUUUAGAAAUGUGUUGUAGAUAGAUUGGUUGUAUGUAAAGUAAUAUUAUCAAGCAUCUGAAGUAACCACACACACUCACACUACCCUGCUUUUUACGUGUCCCUGCCCUAGGACCUGUAUUAUGGAGAUGGUCUAAGGGCAGGGCCAAGCCUAUAUAUAAAUAUUAUACAUACAUAUAUAUAAGCUGCAUAAUCGAGUGUAGCUUGAAAUGUUUCUAAAGUAAUAUUUAAAACCUCUCCAUGGACCAACAGUACAGGCCCAUGAUGCAGCUUACACGAUCAGUUCCACUCCCGCCAGCCCUCCCUCCCAUGGUCUAGUGCACACCUUGUUUGUACGUAUGUAUGCAUAUUUUGGUACAACAUACCGUAUUUUUGUAUAGUGGAGUGAAGUUUGGCACCUGUCUAUGUAGAUUAUGGUGGUUUUUUGUAUGCAAUAAAAGUCUUGACAAAGUA